GGGUGACAUUGAGUCACAAAAGGACGUGUACAAGUGGGACAUCCUUGGUUGAAACCUCCAAGCUGGCACGUACACUGUGUCAUUCCAAAUUCGCCAGCAGCCCAACUUGCCCUGAUCUACCAGCAGGUCAAACCUCCACAGGUCCUCAUUGACCCCACCGAACCUACGGGUGCUUCUCUCCCUCUUCAAACGCGACAUCCCGCCUUGGGUGAUCUGGAGGCGAGACUGCCGGCGUGGCAGAAUGGCAUCAGUGCUCCUGAUUCUCAGCAGAAACAGGCGGCGCCGCCGCAAUCAGUUCAGUCCCAUGCUGACCAACUGUUUCGAUCGACUUGAAGCGCCGAUCAUAGUUUGUGGCUCUCGGCGUACAAGAGUCUCUCAAUCAGGUGCGGGUCCUUGUGUUCGGCUUCUGUCCCGCCCGGGGGCACCCUCCCCGAGAGGACAAGGCAGAGUCGCUGCAGACAAGGCCCGUCGAGCCUUGUACCCCCGAAUCUCCCUGAAACUACAAGAAUCAUUUCGGUGGGGGCUCUGUGCCCCCCAGUAUCCCUUUCUUGUGGCUGUUGGUCCUGCCGGGUUUUCUCUGGUAAAAGGUUCAGGUCGCUCGAGGUCGCCCUUGUUUUUCCUCUCGCCAUGUUCUCUGGGCUGGUCAAUCCGGUUUCUCCAAUUCUCCCCCACGGUCCUGCCCUUCAACAUGAAGGUUACAAGAAGGGGACCAGGGUUGAAGAGGCCAGCCAAGAGCAGCCAGAACGGCACAUCAGCCCAUUCCUCCUCCUUGCGAGGAGCCGCCGGAGGUAGAUCGGACCAGGAUCACUAUUGGCUACAUUUGCAUCACCCUGGGACCGAAACACCCACAUCCGCACGUUUGCUUUCGGGGAAUCGCUACAUUCACGCCUCCACCUCCGCAAGAGCAGUUUGGAGGCCGGUUUGGACAAGCGCAAAGGCGUAGGGGCCGUCCUGGUUUCCUAACGGGCACCAUAACGCGCUCGGAGGCAUGAGUGCAUUUUGUAGAACGAUGGCCGCGAAUACAUGGCUGCUGCUUCGGCCCUACAGCCUAUGAUCAGACAUGAGAUCAUUCGGACCAGAAUGCAACAGAACAUCCCGACCGUUAUGCAGCAUUAUCACGACCACUUGCCCUUCUGAGAUGUCAAUCUCUCAGAGUGCGGUAAUGUUGUCGCAUAAUGAUCGAUUUGAUAGACGUGCGCGAUCGAUCGGGCAAGUCUAGAGGAAGGGGGAAGGCGGGUGCCCCCCGGGGUGUUUCUGCUGUCGGUGUUGCGAUAAUUGGAGAGAUAGGAGGAGUGUGUCCAGUGAUCCUCCAAGGUCGAGAUCCAUUUCGGCCUUAAUUCCUACUCCCGAGUCACACAUUUACAGCGUGGUGGGGCAGGGACCGACUAAAAGAACCUAUGAUAAUGAGAAUAGGGGGUUCCGAACCCGGACAUUUGAGAGAAGAUCAGGUCUCUCCACGAGCCUUUGUCAGAAGCCGCAGGGUUUGGCACUGCCAGAAAUGGUCGCCUUGGCAAGAUUUGAUGCAGAGUCAAGCCGCAGUGAGGCUGUUUCAGUCAGAACCGAGGGCAGGGUUGAGGUAGGCAGUCACUAAAACCGAAGUGUUGAACUUGAUCGUCCCUUGCUUUGCUCCCGUCCCGGGGCACUGUCACUUUGACCUGCCGUAGGUUGCCGCUGCCAUCGUCGGUUUACGGCCAGACAAACUAGGGGGAACCUUCACUUGUUAGAAUCAUAUCCAUUCUCAGGCAAUCUUUUACUUUUAACACUCUUCGUUACGGGCAUACAUCUCUACUCGAGGAUUCACGGUAACAGCUGCCAACCGAAUCAAGAGCUCUCAUCGACAGGACCUCCACAAGACAUCAACCACAGCCAAAGGUCAUCACUUGGAGGAUCUACCUCCAGCUGCCAAAAUGCCCAUCAUCAACGGCCAGAACACUGGGGAUGCCUGGGAUUUUGCAGACGGCUACAACUACGACCAAAUCAUGUUGGUCUGGGUUCGCGGUCUCUGCACUGCCUGGCUGACCGAAUCCGCCAUCUCCAACGGGUUUCAUUCGAUGUCAGCCAGUGUCGGUGAUACAACCCCUUCGUCCAAGUGUGGGUUUCUGGGUUCUGCACUGCCCGUCUACGACCAAAUCAUGUUGGUCUGGCUGUGCUCGCGGUUUAGACCAUGCGGUUGAUUCUCUUCGCAAUAGCCACCUUUAAUAUUUCAUUAAACCCUCUGCUGUUUCUCAUCAAGGAAACAUGUUUCAAAGCAAAUCCGACAACACAUACACGUCGCGAUGCUACACAGAGAAAGGUCCCAGCCACCCCGCGGAUGGCUCGUUCACGAUAAAUCCUACCAACGAAGCUCGAGUUGCAACCUUGACCAUGACCCUUCCCGGAUUAGAACUUGCAAGCAAAUGAUGUUAACGC